AUGUCCUUUUGCCACAAUAAAAUUAAUAUUUCCUGUGUGAAAAGCAGCUGGCCCAAUGGCAUCCGGGCUUCCUUGUACAGUUUAAUGGUGCUCAUAAUUCUGACCACAGUGGUUGGCAAUCUGCUAGUUAUUAUUUCCAUAUCACACUUCAAGCAACUGCAUACCCUAAAUAAUUGGCUCAUCCAGUCCAUGGCUACUGUGGACUUUCUUCUGGGGUGCCUGGUCAUGCCUUAUAGCAUGGUGAGAUCCAUUGAGCACCGCUGGUCUUUUGGAGAAGUCUUCUGUAAAAUUCACACCGGCAUUGACAUUAUGCUGAGUUCAGCAUCCAUUUUUCACUUGUCCUUCAUUUCCAUUGAUCGCUAUUAUGCUGUGUGUGACCCACUGAGAUACAAAACCAAGAUCAACGUCUUGGUUAUUUCUCUGAUGAUCUUCAUUAGUUGGAGUAUUCCUGCUCUUUUUGCAUUUGGGAUGAUCUUUCUGGAGCUAAACUUCAAAGGAGCUGAAGAGAUGUAUUACAAACACAGCCAUUGCAUAGCGAGUUGCUCUGUCUUCUUCAGCAAAACAUCUGGGGUUCUGGCCUUUAUGACUUCUUUCUAUAUACCUGGUUCUAUUAUGCUGUGCAUCUAUUGUAGAAUAUAUUUCAUAGCAAAAGGCCAGGCAAGAUCAAUUCACGAUGCAAAGCAGAAGGUUCAAACAGGGUUGAAAGAGAGAAAUGGAAUUCCACGAAGCAGAGAAAGGAAAGCUGCGAAGACUUUAGGGAUUGUGAUGGGAGUUUUCCUAACAUGCUGGUGUCCUUUCUUUGUCUGCAUGGUCAUGGACCCUUUCCUGGGCUAUACUAUCCCACCCACUUUGAAUGAUGCAUUGAUUUGGUUUGGCUAUUUUAGCUCCACAUGUAAUCCCUUAAUAUAUGGUUUCUUCUAUCCCUGGUUUCACAGAGCCCUGAAGUACAUUUUCCUGGGUAAAAUUUUCAGCUCACAUUUUCAUAAUGCUAAUUUGUUUACAGAAAAAGAAACUGAUUAG